AUGGCUUGUUUUGAGUUUGAGUUGGAUAAUAUAAAGAACCUUAAAGGAGUUGUAUACACACCUCGAUUCGAAACACUGCCUGAUAUCUUCUGGCAAUUAAGAUUUGAGCCUACUUCUUCAACAGAUCCAGAAUAUUGCGAUGUGGCGCUUUUAGCUUUACGUAAUUCAAAUGAAGUUGAUUACUUCGAUCCUGUCCGAAACCAUUGCUUACCUGCCGAAAUAUAUUUGAAAACUAUUACCGGGUGGGUUCUUAGGAUAGACGAUACUGGUCCAUUUAAACUUGAUCAUAUUGUUGCUUGCCGGCUGUAUAUAAAUAGGUUCUGUAAAAAAUCACAUAUCACAGACAAGAUUAUUUUUGGUGUCAAAUUUCAGAAAAUACAACUCGGUAUUAUACGUUUUAAUACUCCAUUCCCAGCUAAACAAAUUCCACAGGAAUUGAUAUCCGCUUGGGCUAAUGAACUGAACAGUUCAUCACAAAAUGAUGUCAAGUUUACAAUUCAAGGUCGAUCUAUUGUUGCAAAAAGUUGCAUUCUUUCUAAAAGAUCGGAAUAUUUUCGAAGAAUGUUUUCGGGUACUUGGUCUGAAUGUUUUCGAACUAAGAAUUUGAUUAAUAAUUCAAUUAACGAUCUCACCUCAAACCUUGACGAUAAGUGCAGCAUCAGUAAGAAAAAAGAGUCAUGGUAUCGUUACAAAAUUGAGAUAAUUGAUUUUAAAUAUGAAACGUUUUUUAAAAUGCUUCAGUUCCUUUACUCCGAUAGCUUUGUAUACAACAGUUUGGAGGACUUAUGGGAUAUUUACAGUGUAGCAGAUAAAUACCUUAUCACUGAUCUUUUAAAUCGAGCUAAAUCUGAAUUACUUUUAAUAAUGAGCUAUGAUAAUGUUGCAGACAUGUAUUUUGGGAACGCAUUCAAAUAUCCAGAUUUGAAAAAAGUCAUGAUGGAUUUUAUAAUUGAAAAUUUUGGAGAGGUUAAAAAAACCGAUGGGUGGAAGGCUGCAUUUGAAAAUAAAUCCAAAUAUACGGCGUAUCAAGAAUUAAG